AUGUUCUUUCUCCAUUUUAAGAUGCUAAAAUAUCAGUUAAUUUUAUUUCAGAUCAUAAUAACCAAUCAAGACCAGUGGGAUGAAAUGCUGCAGACGAAUGGUAUAGUAGUAAUAGAUGUGUAUCAAGCUUGGUGUGGUCCUUGCAAAGCUGUGAUGAAUGUAUUGAGAAAACUGAAGAAUGAUUUUAGUGAAGACAAUGUGUUACAUUUUGCAGUGGCAGAGGCUGACAGCAUUGAAACUCUGAAACCAUUUCGAAAAAACUGUGAACCUGUGUUUCUUUUUUGUGUUAAUGGUAAAAUUAUUGAUAUAGUGAGAGGUGUAAAUGCUCCUCUUAUAAUUAAGAAAGUAACAGAUCUAGUGGAAGAAGAGAGGCAAAUUGCAGCUGGAGAGAAGGAACGCACCGAGGUAGUUGAACUUGUUUUUCUAGAAGAAGAAUCAUCAGAAGAGACUAUUGAGGAGACUGCAGAGGACGAAGAAAUACUCAGAUAUUCUGUUGGAAUUAUAAAACCUAAUGACGUCCUAGAGGGACGUGUAGAAGAAAUUAAAAAAAAGAUUAAAGAUGCAGGAUUUACCAUUAAAGCAGCAGAGGAGAAAGUGCUAACUGAAGAGCAAAUCAGAGUGUUCUAUGCCCGGAAUAAAGACCAGCCUGACUUUGAAGAAUUUGUUCAAUUCAUGAUGAGUGGACCAUGCCACGUUUUGGUAUUCACUAAAAAAAAAGACACUGCUGCCAUUCCUCACUGGAAAGAACUACAUGAAACACAUGACAGUAUGUCUGAUACGUCUGAGUCAGAGAGUGGGCUAGCACUCGUGGAAGCUGAGAGUCUAGUAAAUCUAUGUGACGUGCAAGACAGUAUCGAAGAUGCCAGCAGACAACUUGGCUUCUUUUUCCCAAAUUUUCAUAUACAUCAAACGGAACAACAAGCUGAAAAGACUUUGGCCAUAAUUAGACCUACUCUCUUAAAGGAAAGACGAGAUUCUAUCAUACAAAGGAUAAAGGACGAUGGCUUCAAAAUAGCAAUGCAGAAAGAAAUAAUCCUAUCUGAAGAACAAGUGCGUACAUUUUACAGUGAGCAUGUAAAUGAAGACUACUUCCCAGUCCUUCUAGAGCAAAUGACCAGUGGUCCAACUCUUGUAUUGGCUCUAACACGUGAAAACGCUGUAUCACACUGGAGAAGUUUACUGGGCCCAAAGACCCUUGAAGAGGCUUGCAAAGAAAAUCCAGACAGUUUGCGUGCACAAUAUGCAGUCGACAACGUACCUAUUAAUCAGCUGCACGGCAGUUCUACACCUGAUGACGCUCAGAAGGAAUUAGAGUUUUUCUUCCCUCAGGAACAAACUUUUGCGUUAAUCAAACCUGAGGCUGUUAAGACUCAUAAAGAUGACAUUAUGAAACAAGUUAAAGAGGCUGGAUUUAGCAUCUCAAAGAUAAAAGAAGAAGCUUUAACUCGUGAAAUGGCUGCACAGUUUUACAAGGAUCAUGAAGGAAAACCCUUUUAUGAACAGUUAGUGUCUUGUAUGACUGAGGGUCCAUCAGUGAUAAUGGUCUUAUCAAAGGAAAAUGCUGUGGAAGAGUGGAGGAAACUAAUGGGUCCAGCUGAUCCAGAAGAGGCAAAGAAGAUCUGUCCUCAAUCGAUUCGAGCUCAGUUUGCACAUGAUAUUUUGUCUAAUGCUGUCCAUGGAUCAUCUAAUAGAGAACAUGCACUGAAAAGCAUUGAGUUCGCAUUUGGAGAGAUUGGUACACACUAAACAAUUAAGAUGCAA